CCAAACCUCUGUCCUCUGCUUCCCCAGUGUUUGCUGAAUCCUCGAGCAUCUGGUGGUGAACAGGGGAAGAGAGAAAACAUUUUAAUGGACCCUGGCUGCUGCUAUGGUUACCUCCAGAAAAGUUGGAGCCCACUGACUUUUUCUAGAAAGAAUAUGACUUUUGCUGACACGUGGCAACAGAAGUACUUUAAUCAAAAACAUCCAAGGUCAUCGGAGCUUUUUCAAGGGAUACAAAUGGCCUGCUCCAGAGGGUGCUGCGUGCUUCCUGCUUAAGUCCACGUCCACUUAGAGGUGGGCUCCAGUCGCCGGCUGCGGGAUUGCGGGGUCCGCGGCGGUCUCGGCUCCCGCCCGGCGCCCAACUUGGCCCCGCCGCUCCUUCGCCCCGGUCGCGCCGCUGCCGCCCCCGGAGCCGGUGGGGAGCCCGGCAGGCGGGAGAGCCCGGAAGGAAUCCGGGGCGCCGAGGCCCCGGCCGGCGCCGACACCGCCCGCCGGGAGCAGCCGGCCUGCUCUGGGUGACCGAGCCGCGCGGUUCCGACGCGGCUCCUUCUCUAACAUGAGCGGGUCCCUGCCGCGCAGAGCGCGCGUAGCCCGGCAGCGCCUAGUGGAUUACAGCAGCCGCCCCGGCCGACCGCCGCCUCCAGCUCGGCACCUCCGAUUUCACAGUGCUGACCCAUGAGCUAACCGGCCAAUUCUCACCCAGUCACCUGAGAGUGGACUAUCUGCAUCUCCAUGAAAGAUGCUGUGAUUUUGAAACCAGGUUGUCUGGAGCCUGGAGCUGCCCCAGCUCUCUCAGGAUUUGGCAGACAUUGGAGGUGGUGGUGAAGGAGACAGUGGUGGUCAAUGUUAUUUGAGCAGGGUCAGCAGGCCCCGGAGCUUCCUGAGUACACGAUGCAGAAGGCUGCUUACUAUGAAAGCCCAGGACUCUUCGGAGGCUAUGGCUACAGCAAAGCUGCUGACACUUAUGGCUAUAGUGCCCCCCAUCAGCCUUAUCCACCCCCUGCUGCUGCCAACUCCCUGGACACUGAUUACCCGGGCUCUGCCUGCUCCAUCCAGAGCUCUGCACCUCUGCCAGCCCCAGCCCACAAGGGGGCUGAACUCAAUGGAAGCUGCAUGAGGCCUGGCACUGGGAACAGUCAGGGAGGUGGGGGUGGCAGCCAGCCUCCUGGUCUGAACGCAGAGCAGCAGCCACCACCACCCCCUCCUCCCCCACCAGCCCUGCCCCCAUCCUCGCCCACCAACCCUGGAGGUGGAGUACCUGCCAAGAAGGCCAAGGGUGGGCCCACUGCUUCUGGCUCCUCAGCCACCAUCAGCAAGCAGAUCUUUCCCUGGAUGAAAGAGUCCCGACAGAACUCCAAGCAGAAGAACAGCUGUGCCACUGCAGGAGAGAGCUGCGAGGACAAGAGCCCACCGGGCCCAGCGUCCAAGCGGGUGCGCACUGCGUACACAAGUGCACAGCUGGUGGAGCUGGAGAAGGAAUUCCACUUCAACCGCUACUUGUGCCGGCCACGCCGCGUGGAGAUGGCCAACCUGCUGAACCUCACCGAGCGGCAGAUCAAGAUCUGGUUCCAGAACCGGCGCAUGAAGUACAAGAAGGACCAGAAGGCCAAGGGUAUCCUGCACUCGCCGGCCGGUCAGUCCCCGGAGCGCAGCCCGCCGCUCGGCGGCGCCGCGGGCCACGUGGCCUACUCGGGCCAGCUGCCACCCGUGCCCGGCUUGGCCUACGACGCGCCUUCGCCGCCCGCCUUCGCCAAAUCUCAGCCCAACAUGUACGGCCUGGCUGCCUACACGGCGCCGCUCAGCAGCUGCCUGCCGCAGCAGAAGCGCUACGCGGCGCCCGAAUUCGAGCCCCACCCCAUGGCGAGCAACGGCGGCGGCUUCGCCAGCGCCAACCUGCAGGGCAGCCCGGUGUACGUGGGCGGCAACUUCGUCGACUCCAUGGCGCCCGCAUCCGGGCCCGUCUUCAACCUGGGCCACCUCUCGCACCCAUCUUCAGCCAGCGUGGACUACAGUUGCGCCGCGCAGAUUCCCGGCAAUCACCACCACGGACCGUGUGACCCUCAUCCCACCUACACAGAUCUCUCGGCCCACCACUCGUCUCAGGGACGCCUGCCCGAGGCCCCCAAACUGACGCAUCUGUAGCGGCGGCCACCGGCCCGAACUCGCGGCGCGAUUACCUCUUUUGCUUGGGUGGCGGGGGUGGCGGGGGUGGCGGGCGGGGCCCGCGGGGCAGCUCGGUGACCCCCGCCCUCGCUCUGGCCCGAUCGCUGUCUUCCGGUCUCGGGCCAACAGCGGCCGAGGCGCAGGCGUCUGGGCCUCCUCUCCAGGCUCGCCCUGCUUUGGGUGACUCGCCAUAAAUCAGCCGCAAGGAUUCUCCUCUGUAAGCCUGACAGUGCCACAUAACUGCGGACCGAGGGACUCUAAUCUGGUAAUGGUGUCCCGAAGGUAAGUCUGAGAUCCGUCGGCGACGCGCCCUGCAGAGGGUCCAGAACCCGGCGAGUCCGGGCAUGGCCCGCGUCUAGUUUAGUUGCGGAGACCUUAAUUUAUAUGCUUCUUCCCGUCCCGUAAGGAUUGCAUCGGACUCAACGAUCUGUAUUUAUUAUUUGAAGCGAGUCAUUUCGUUUUCCUGAUUAUUUAUCCUCGUCUUAAUGUAUUUAUGUGUAUAUCUGUAGAAUUCUCCAGCCGAGCUUAGGAACGCGCUCCCAGGCCGCGGGGGCCACAUUUCACCUCUUUAGUCCCCUUGGUCGGAACUAGUUGAGAGAGUAGUUUUGAACAGUUGUAACCGUGGCUGGUGUGUGUAGUUGAUGUAAAGGAUUAAGACCGCAAAUUGUCCUUCACGGGUAGAGUCAGGCGGCCCCAUGGCGUGGCAUGACACCCGUUAUUCUCUUCCCAAUAGCCACAGCCCUCGCCACUCGACACAGUUUAUUGAUUUCAAAUUGUCUGGUACUAUUUGAACAAAUAUUUAGAAUAAAAAAUUUUCUCAGUC